AAGAGCUAACCGGCUUGCAACAGUUCUGAUGUUGCUAUGAAUCUGUUUAAAAUUCAGUAACGUUUUACUAACGUGCUAAUACUGUACAGACCGUGAAGAGCUAUCAAACCAUUUGAGAAAAUAUGCAGCUUUUCGUGACCUUUAUGAUUGUCAGCUUCAGUUUAGCAAAUAUCUAUCAUGUCGGUGCUGCGAUGGCGGACAUCGGUGUUGCAAAUUUUCUCCACAAGAUAGACGCUGCCGCCUUUGUAGCAACAAGUCGGGCUCACCGAGGUAGCUGUGGUGGGAGUAUUUCUAUUAACGAUGGAGAAAGUAUAACAAUUCGAUCGCCAAAUUACCCAAAUAAAUACGGCAAUAAUUUAGUUUGCAAGUGGAUCAUUUCUUCAGCUACUGGAAAGAGUAUGACCGUUUCGUCAAAUUCCUUUCACCUGGAAUACAGUUCGAUAUGUCAAUGGGACUAUUGGAUGAUUAACGGCAUAAAAUACUGUGGAACUGUUGGUCCUCAAGGAGUGACUUUUUCCGGGCAAAAGGAAAUUUGGUUUAUCACGGAUAGCACGAUAACAGAUUUAGGAUUCGACAUCACCAUAAAGGUGCCAGCAACCGUGCCGCCAACGUGCACAGACAGCUCAAAUUGUCCUUUCAAAUGCGGUAUUCCACAAACAGCACCCAACUUAACACCUUCCUCCAGUGCCGGUCGGAUUGUUGGGGGCGUUACUGCGGUUGCCCACAGCUGGCCCUGGCAAGUGGGUAUCCUGACGGCAGCCGGCAACAAUUUCCAGUUUUGUGGCGGUUCUGUGUUGGAUACAAAGUGGAUUCUAACAGCUGCUCAUUGCUGUAUACAUCAAACUGCCAACGAUCUACGAGUUCGCGUAGGAGCGCAUAACUUGUCACGUCCAGAUGCAAGCACUCAAAUUAUUCCAGUGUCCCGAAUUGUCAUGCACCCGAGUUACGGCGACACCACGCAGACGCACGAUUUCUGCAUGUUGCAAUUACGCGAGGCAAUCAGCAUAAGCCGGGAUGUUCUUCCGGUGUGUUUGCCCACCGCCUUAGAUGCCUCACCCGGCACUCGAUGUUUCACCACCGGUUGGGGCGUCACACAGGCUUCCCGAAUUGCGGCGGUACCUAAUAUCAAAGCACUCCUUCAGCUGCAACAGCAAGCAGCGAUUGGAAAAAUUCCACCAAGAAUUGUCAAAAAACUGGCGCGUAGUACUGCAACGGUUCUGCAGCAAGUGGAUGUUGCGGUAAUGGAGGCGAAUGCCUGUGCAGCGAAGUAUAGUCCCAUAAGCCUGAUUGAUGACAGCAUGUUGUGUGCGACAGCCCCGGGAAAAGAUUCAUGCCAGGGAGAUAGUGGCGGUCCCCUCGUGUGUCCACGGGCUGAUGGAAAACCGGGAUUUGUCCUGGCUGGUGUGACAUCCUGGGGAAUUGGAUGCGCUCGGCCAAAUUAUCCAGGUGUUUACGGAAAGGUCAUCGGAGUAGUACCAUGGAUUACCACAACAAUGGCCAGUUAACUAAUCAAAGAACAACCUUACGAACUCGUUCCGUGGAUUUGAAGGGUAGUUGUGGAGGGCCGGGCCGGAAUUAUACUGCAGCAUGUGCAAAUACCGGGCAACCGUUUCCUACAUACGUAUAUCUGUACAAGCCCAGCACGGAUGAAUA